ACCCGCAGUAACAUUGCUAAAUAUGGGUAUGUGACCAAUAAAAUUAGAUUUUGAGUGCCAUUUCUGCACACACACCCCUCUGGGCUGUUUGAACUCAGGCGGUGGUCUGCCAGAUGAAGGCCGUUCAAAGCUGACUUCUCUCAGUCCUUCCCAGAGCCUUUGUAGUGUGGAGAAUCAGCAACAGGUGACAUUUAGAGCUGAAAACCACUACCCACGCCUGCCCUUCACCUGAGACAGGACCCACGCUCCUCGUACAGGAGAGAGGUACAACGGAGUGAGAUGGAGAGAAAGCGAGAGAAGAGGAUGUGUAUCGGUGUCCAGUCUGCUGAAGUUGUCUGCUGCCAAUAUGUGAUGUGUGGAUCUCCACUUGGUCUGGAGUGAAACCUUAACAAUCAACUCAGGACCUCAGUCAACCCAGACCAUGUCGGUCCCCCAGGACCUCUUUCCAGACGGCAGUCCCCUGAUUGGAGCAGCGAGGCUGGGGAAGCUUCGCCUCGUUAGGCUGCUCCUGGAGGGGGGUGCCCAGGUCAAUGAGAGAAACCCAGGAGGAGAGACUCCUCUCUUGGCUGCGUGUAAAGCCCUGAGAGGGGAACCCACCGGACCUGGAACCCUGAAACUGCUCAGAUACCUACUAGACAACCAGGCAGACCCUAAUGCCCAGGACCGGUCAGGCCGUACAGCUCUUAUGUAUUCCUGUAUGGAGAGGGCUGGAGCUCAGCUAGCCUCUACUCUCCUCUCAGCUGGAGCUGACCCCAGUAUGGAGGACUACUCUGGAGCUUCAGCUAUGGUCUACGCUAUCAACGCACAGCACCAGCCUACACUACAGGUGCUGCUGGAUGCGUGCCGCGCCAAAGGCCGUGACAUCAUCAUCAUCACUACGGAGAUGGGUGUGAGCGGAGGGCCAGUGACGAGGCGCUACCUAAACGUUCUGCCGUCUCCCGAUGCAUCACCUGUCACCUGCAUGUCACCCUCUGACAUCAUCAUCAAGACGGGUUCACCCAACUCACUUGAGGGAGAGAAUGUGUUCAAUUUCAGAGGAUCAGGUAAGAGGGGGAGUGGCAGCAGCAGCAGAUUCUCCCCAUGUGAGCUGAGUCCAGUGGACCAGUCCUGUAUCCCCCCUCCCAGACAGCGACAGUGGUCUGAACCAUGGCUAGCUAUUCACAAUCUGGCUCGACUUAACAAGGUCUACCAAGAGGGAAGGAGGGAAAGGAAGGUAGAGGAAGAGGGAGGAGAGGAAGGAGGAAAGGGAGAAAAAGGUUGUCUUCAUCACGACUUCAAGAAGGAAAGGAGGGAGAAAGCCGAGCUAGAGGAAGAGGUGAGAGAGGACAAGGAGAGUCGAUCUGUCCAUCUCUACCAUAAGGAGAUCUCUUCCGGGGCCUCUUGUUCUCUCCUCUUUCCCACAGAGGAGCACCUUUCCCAGGCAGCCCAGAGCAGACUGUCUCCUGAGAGGAGGCUAGCCCCUGGAGGUUCCACCUUGGAUUUAUACAAAGAACACCCCAGUACUCAAACUGCUUUACAUUGUAGAGGGGGAUCUAAUCUCAUCGGAUGCGACCCAAUGACCCGGAAGUGCUCCGUGGACAGACUUCCUCCCUGCUCUCCCUCUCGCUGGCAGGGGGCUCGUAGGAACACCCUCCCAUCCUUGACUCCAGCUCCACCCCUUCUUCACCUGCCUCCCCUAUCAUGUUAUGAGUCUCACCUACAGGUCCCGCCCCUUGGCCUACCUGUUGCAGGUUUAGGUAUGGUGUGUCGGACGCAGCUGCCCUCCCCCUCCUCCCCUCUUUCUCCCACUCCCCCCUCUCUUCCCUUUAAAGCAAUAUUUAGACCAGGCUUUCUGCCUCCUCUACCCCUCCCUACCUCCUCUUCCAUUCCUGCUCUCCUUCUCUCCACCUCCUCCUCCUUUGUUCCCCCUCUCCCUCCCUCCAGUGAGAGGUCACCUCGACGUCACUCUAUCCAGCUGGAGCCGCUGAAAGGAGAGGAGGAGGAAUAGAGGAAGAACAGAGACGAGGAGGAAAGGAGGAGCGGGAGUGAGACCCUAUGUUAGCUGUUGUGGUGUAUGUAGUUACUUGUAAUAACCUCUAGAGCAUGCUGGACACUUAUUUAGUGCUUGCUGACCUCAAUGUGUGGAUUCAUAUCUACAGUCUAAAGCAGUGAUCUCCAAUCCAAAGAAUUAGUUGGAAUCAUUUGUUCAUUAGAUAUUUCCUAUUUAUACUGUAUGGAUAAUAAAACCCAUCCUUUA